AUGCCGUUUGGGCUCACCAACGCGCCGAAAGUAUUCAUGGACCUGAUGAAUCGGGUAUGCAGACCGAUGCUUCAUCGCUCAGUUAUUAUGUUCAUCGAUGACAUCUUGGUGUAUUCCAAGCUCAAAGAGCGGCAUGAGGAGCAUCUCCGCGAGCUACUAAGGGUUCUGAGGCGAGAACGGCUUUAUGCCAAGUUCUCAAAAUGGUACUACCGGAGAUUUAUUUUGGAUUUAUCCAAGAUUGUGGUACCCCCCACUCGUCUGACGAGGAAGGGGGUAGAUUUCCAGUGGGGACCUGAGCAGCAGACUGCAUUCGAGACUCUGCGACAGAGACUUUGCGAGGCUCUGGUGUUGACCCUCCCUGAGGGAGUAGAGGAUUUUGUGGUUUUCUGUAAUGCGUCCAUCACCGGGCUAGGGGCAGUCCUCAUGUAG